AUGUCCAAGCUCUCUCCCUCUCUCAAGGGCCUCAUCAACGCGCCCUUUGCGCGCCCCGGCCAGACCCCGGCGCCGCGCAACAUUGAGGCCGUCUACACCAAGAUCGCAGACGAGGCUCGCGAGAGGAAAUACGGCGAGAAGCCAUGGCUUGCGCUUUCCGCCGCAGCAACAUUCACCCUCAACUCCCCCUCCUCCUUGGAACCCCUCCUCACACUUGCCUCCUCCCGUUGGGGGUCUUCCUCCUCCCCAAACCAGUCCCAAACAGCCCUCCUCGAAUCUGCCGAAUUCAUCCGCGAAAUCGGUCUCAAAUGCAUCUCCUUCAACGGCAUCCCACGCACCAUCAACUCCCUCAACGCCUUCCGCUCCCACCUCUCCUCCGCCCACCCCCAGCUUUCCCCCCUUUUAUCCACCACCCCCUCCCGCCAAACCACGCCGCAAAACAUCGCCUCGGUCCACGCCCGCGGCCGCGUCCUCUGGGAAUCCGUCUACACGCCUUUGGAUCAAAAACUGGAGGCCAAGCUGGCCGAGGCGCAUCCGGAUUUGCCGGUGCAUAUCCUCGGAAGCCAUUACGGGCCGCUGUUGAGUGAUCCCCCUUUUGACUGCGCUGAGGGGAGAAAGGGGUUGGGGGGAAGCGUGGGGAGGAGUCUAACGAGUGUCGUGGCGAUUGCGUGUUUGAGGGCGCAGACGGGCGUGGGGCCGCAGGUUUUGUCGCAUGUGUUUGGACUGAGGAAGGCGGUGGAGCAGGGGGAGCAUGUUAAGGAGUUUCCUACUGCUUCUUCUGGUGCCGCUGCUUCUGGUAAGGGGGAGAAGGGGGAAAAAAGUGAGGAGGCGGAGGGGAUCGAGAGACUGGCGAGUGAUGAGGGGUGCGAGUGGAUUUUGAAGAGCGUGGAUGCGAUUAGUGAGGCGAUGGCGCAGGAUGGCGUCGGGGGAGGGUUUGCGACGCCGAUGAGGAGGAGGGAGAGUAAGCUGUGA